AUGAGCAAAAGGCAGAGCACGUUAUUGGGUUUUGUCAAAACAAAGAAAACUAAAAUCUGCAGUCCAUUUACUACAUCUGAUGUACAUUUUAAAGAAGCGGAGGUAAGCGAAUAUUGUUGUAGUAACACUAGCAGCAGUAGCAGUACAGUACAAGCAGCUGAUAAUAGGCCCAUCGCCAGCAUCGCCUUUAAUUCUGAGACGCGUAAUGUUGAUUUUGGGUUUUAUAUUGACAUUGCUACUACAAGUUUUAGCGACGCAGAAAAAGCUAAUUCGUUAAGAAAUGCCUGGGAGCCUCCAGAAGAUUUUUCAUAUUCAUUUAGUGUGCAUGGGAAAAACAAUAAGGACGUUAAGUGUUAUUUGUCAAAGAAACAUUUUGACUUCUUAAUAGAGGAUUUGGAAUACAGAUUUGAUAAUGAUCUCAUGAACAUUUUAAGUUUUAAUAUUGCGUUACCAUCAGUAUUUUUAAAGUUAAGCGCAGACGAGGUAUUUACCUCGGUAAAAAGUAUAUCUGAAUUUCUCAGUCAGUACAUUACAGAUUCUCCGGAAAUUUUGGAAAUAAAAUUAAAAGUCGAAAUCGAACUGUGGCACAAGAACUUUGAGAACAACGACACUAUGCUGGAAAGUAACUGUUGCUUCAGCGAAGAGAUCAUUCUCGGCACUAAAACGACUCAAAACGUGGCUUCGAUCAAACAUGACGCAGGAAAGAUUAUGCAGUUUGGCACUUAUGCAUAUGCAUAG